AUGAGUAAAAGUGUGAUUAGUCGGAAUGCUCGACUGUUCAUUUCUCAGUCACAGAAUAUAUUUGAGAAUUUGGCAUUCGAGGAAUGGCUUCUGCGAAAUUAUCGGAUUGAUGAGCAUGGCGAGUCGAUGUUGCUCUGGAGAAACAAACCAGCAGUGGUGAUCGGACGGCAUCAAAAUCCAUGGCUUGAAACCGAUUUAAAUUACCUCAAGCGCAAUAAUAUCGAGCUUGUACGGCGUCACAGUGGUGGUGGUGCCGUGUACCAUGAUCUCGAUCCAGAAGCUAUAGUAGAGCCAAAUGAACGGGACGAUUUAUGGCUACAACCAGGACAACGAAAAAUUUCCGGAACAGCAGCCCGAAUAGUACGGGGAAUGGCGUACCAUCAUAUGACGCUACUGAUAAAUGCUGAUCCAACCGUUUUAAAGCGCUCUCUUUCAUCACCUUUCAGUGAUAAAAUAAUUACAAACGCAACACGGAGUGUCCGAGCACCGUCGCUGGGUUAUUUGGCUCAAGAAGUGCCUGAUAUUAGCGUGGAAGAAGUGAUGGAUAUUUUGAUGAAAUCUUUUAAAAAGCAGUACCUGGACACAAAAGUGCUGGUGCUGUCGGGAAAUUUCACUGAUGAUGCGCAAUUCCCGGGUUUACUGGAAUGUGAACGUGAACUCCGAAGCUGGGAUUGGAUUUAUGGUCGUACGCCACAGUUCACACUGCCGCUGUACAGCGAUCGGAUACGGGUGGAACAGGGAAUCGUUACGGAAAGCGCAGAAAAUCCGAAACUGAUUGGAAACCGAUUGCCACAGGACCUGUUCCAGGCCUAUCUAGGUUUCAGCGUUAAACCUCUGCUAGGAAUUGAGCUAACCAAGCGUUUAGCCGACUGGAAAGCAUAUCUUCGUGAAACUCCAACAGGCUACGAUCCAAAAAUCGUAGCUCUGCAAGCAACCGUAGUAACUGCUUUUUUUGGUGCCUUAUUAUAUCCUCUUAUCGCGUAUUUUACCGGAGAUAAUAGUGUUGUAAGCGAAAAGAAACGAACAGUUUAG